UUUCGACAGAACCAGAUGCGUUAAAAUCGAAAGAAAUGCAUAAAAAAUGUAAAAAGUGGUUAUGAGCAAAGUAGAAGGGCGUAUGGAAUAAAAAAUCUAAUUAAUUCGUUGCAUAUAAAUAUGGAAAUAAUUUGAUACAAAGAUGCACUUGUAUCUAGUUUUGAUUGGUGAUCAGAUCGGUGUAUUAAAAAUGUUUUCAUUGGUGGUUUUGUUUGGUCUAUUCAGCUGUACACUUGGACAAUAUAGACCAGCUAUAAACUCACUUCUUUUCCAAAAUACUCCCGUAUCCGUCCUCAAACCAAAUAUCCCGAUUAAAGAGCGUGGUGAAUUGUAUAGAAUCAUCAGUCAAACCCAAGAAGGACCAAAUAUUGAUGGAUCAUAUUCUUGGAGUUAUGAAACCGAAAACGGAAUAGCAGCUAAUGAAGUUGGGAAACCAAAAGCUCAAGAUCUUCUGGGAGCUCAAGGAGAAUUCAGGUACACUUCUAAAGAUGGAACUCCAAUUCAAUUAACAUACACUGCCGAUGAAAAUGGAUUUGUUGCACAAGGAGCUCAUUUACCUACGCCUCCGCCGGUACCUGAAGCCAUAUUAAGGUCUUUGGAAUGGAACGCAGCACAUCCAGAAGAAGAUGAUUAUCUUAGAAACAGACCUGCUGGAUAUGGACGGUAAAUUGGGCAUGAAUAAAAGAUUUAUCGAUACUGCCUCAUAUAAUUGUGAUUUCAAAACAAUGUAAUUUUGAAAAUAUACAUGCUAAAUAUAAAA